GCUAUUCACGCGAGCGCUACACACAGGCGCGCGCUGUCUGUUUGAAUCGUGCGGGACGCCGAAUGAACCGUUGACCAGCGUCGUUAAGCUCGCUCGCUACAUUUUUAAGAUAAACGACGUACAAGCACAUACUCAGGGUUUUACUCACUGAAGACAGUCGCGUACGAAUUGCGGACGUUGUAGACUGAAGUGCUUUAUAACCCAUGUGGUUUGUCUAGCGGGCAGCGAGCUUGUGAUAACCAGUUAAAGAGAGGAAAAUGGCCUCGAACGAGCUGUCGGCGAAGCUUCACCGGCGGCUGAAGAUAGAGGAGGGCGAGGAGGAGCCGCACGCCGUGGACGAGGGUCAUGAGAACGGCGCGCACGAGAAAGCGAGCACUGCCAAUGCCGACUCGGAGCUGGGAGCCAAACUUCUGCGGCGAGGCGAGCUGAACGAGGGAAUGGGCGAGCACCAGCAGCCCAGCAUGAAGGUGUUCAACCCGUACACUGAGUUCAAGGAGUUCUCCAGGAAGCAGAUUAAGGACAUGGAGAAAAUGUUUAAAUUGUAUGACUCAGAGAAGGAUAACUACAUUGACCUGAUGGAGCUGAAGCUGAUGAUGGAGAAGCUCGGUGCUCCACAGACUCACAUGGGCCUGAAGAAUAUGAUCAAAGAGGUGGACGAAGACUUGGACGGCAAACUGAACUUCAGAGAGUUCCUCCUGAUCUUCAGGAAGGCAGCAGCAGGGGAGCUGGCUGAGGACAGCGGGUUAUGUGUCUUAGCUCGUCUCUCUGAAAUUGACGUGUCCACUGAGGGUGUGAAAGGAGCAAAGUCUUUCUUUGAAGCCAAAGUCCAUGCCAUUAACGAGUCGAACCGUUUUGAGGCGGAGAUCCGUAACGAGCAGGAGGAGAAGAAACGACAGGCAGAGGAGAAGAAACAGAGACAAGCGGCAUUCAAAAAUCUGCAGUCAGCCUUCAAAUGACCGGCUUCCUGUCCUAUUAGUGCCCUGCUUUAACCAUCCUCCUCUUCCUCAUUGUUUGUGUCAGUCUCCUGUUUAUCAGAGCACCAUGGCAGAGAUACUAUGCAACGCUUUUAGAGGUUUCCAUUCCAGGUUCACUCCCUUAGUGAGGGCUCGUAGUGUCAGUUUCAAGCUUAGACCUUUAAGUAGGGUGUUGAAGUGGCUACUGAGAUCCUCACUAUUUGUCGCUCUUGAUUUUGAACUUGCAGUACUCUAAGGACAUGUCUCUUUACACUGGACUGGAUGUGUCACUUGCCUAAUUUGUUCUCUACUGCUAUAAUUUAACACACAUUUUGCAUAUAUGUGAGGUGCUUUCUAUUUCACUUCACUGUCACAUUGUUCUUUAGUCAAAUAAGCAAGAGGUGCGAGUAUCUCUUUUAAAGGGAAUUUUUUAAAAUGUUUUUAAACUGUCGGAUUAUAUCGGCGCAUCCAGUCCAUUGUGACCCUCUUGUAUUCAGCAUCAUGUGUUGUGGAAUAAAGUCUAGGUUUCAUGGUAUCCUUGCUAACUGGAUUAGUACAACAAAUAUUAUUAUGAACUUAAACCUUGCUUAAGAGUUCUGUAUUUUUACACUGUGGCUUGGAAGGGAAUGUGUUAACAUGCAUGUGGUGUUGGUUGGGUUUUAUUUUUUUGAAUGAUAACUGUGAUGCCCUGACAAUCUUCCCCCUUAAAUGGAUCUCUAACAUCAGCUUCUGUUGCUUUGUCACUGCUGUCGAGUCUCUCUUGUUCACACACAUGCACAUAAACAUUUCCAUUCUUAUGGAGCACUGAAUGCCAUUCUGUAGUCAUGUUGUCUUAUUGUUUGUUAGUGUAUUAUUGUUUAACUAGCCAGUCCUUUUGAAAAAUGCACAGCACACAAUCAUCAGUACUAAUUUGUCCGAUUUGUGUCAGACAUCUUUGUUCAUACCUUGUGUGCAUGUUUGUGUUUUAUCUGAGAAGCUCAUGAGGGAGGAGGGAUAUCAGAGAUUAUAAGGAGUGCAGAGUUAAACACUCCUCUCCUCCUUUUAACUGCAUGCACUAAUGCUUUAGCAUCAGGUGCCAGUGUUUGUGCAUGCUAUAGCCAGUACACAAAUUUAAGCAUUUGGAAAUGUUUCGAUCCUUCUUUUGAAAUGUAGUCUGGUGCUAGUAUGAAAAUAUAGUUGCUUACCUCUCAGCAAAGUCGUUUAGACUAAAAUUUGGUCUUUAACUUUGUGGCAAGUAGAUUUUUUUUUUUUUUUUUCUGCAUGGUGUGUAACAUCAGACUGGCAAAUUAAUUUUUAAUUACUUUAAAUUCUGCAAAUGUUUUACUCUGGAGAAAAAGGGCACAUUGUUGUAGACAAAAUUGUCUCCAUGCUUCCAUUUGAAUGAUUUUAAAUCAUAAUUGAAUUUCAGUUGUUUGACAUUUAAAGCUAAAACUUGUGCAAUUUGCAGCACGUGUCAGCACAGGUAACCGAGAGAAUCAAAUAUUUUUUCCAGAAAUAAAGUUGCAGAACUAAACUGCCUUUAGUUUUGUAUGAUGAGGGGCCUUUUUGAAAACGUUCCUUGAAAUGCCAUCCUUGUUCACAAACUUGUCUCCUUUCACAACAUCAGGUGUUCCUCACAGUUGAAGUGCUGUUCUGUGAUUAAAUGUGAGAUUUUUCUGCAUUUAUUUUUUUUUAUUUUUGAGCUAGUGGUCUGCUAUGCAUCCAUUUAUAUUCAUGUUAAGUACAUAUAUUUGGAGUCCCUGGCAGUCUGUGAUUUUGUAUUAUGAAUAAACAAACAAUAGAUGCAUGGCUAUGUUGCAUAGCUUUAUGUCUUCAGAUGUAUUUGAGUGUUCUGCAGAUUAAAUGUGGGGUUUGAGUGAAUAAUCUAGUGUGUGUGGAUUUCUGAUGGAAACACUGGAGUACCUGAGGGACAUGAAAAUUGUGUGAUCCUCCAUCAUUAUUUAACUUGCUAUGAAAAAUAUGUACACCAGAUAUGCCAGAUAUUUGUAUACAUUAUAAAAUUACAAUGUACGCGAAGACAUUGUGGAAGAUUCAGUGUACAGAAUAUAGAAAUGGAUUCCACAAGCCAUUCAAUAAACUGUGUCUGCUUAAGUAGCCAUUCUAAAAUUUUCCAGGUUGUCAGGCAUGACAUUUCAUGUGUCAGAGGGUUUAUUGUGAUUAUGUUCAUCAAAUUACAUGGAGAAUGUUAUAAUCCAGAUUGAAAGACUUUGAACUUUAUGCUGACCACUAGCCAGCACAGCACGUUGUCCAAUUAGCCAACUCUCAGACCACGUCUGCUUUUAUUUUUUACCUCUCACUUACUUCAGUGUUUCCAUUGCAAAGGGAUGUACUGGUAACUUAGUGAUUGGUGGUUAAUGGACCAGUGAUUUGUAACUCCACCUUGUCUGCAGGCAGCCGAAAUACUGUACUGUUCCUCAAUGUUGUUUUGAUUUUCUGUCUUUUUUUUGAUUCCACUGUAAAGACAUGCCAAAUGUUUUAACAAAGCUCUGUUUGCUUUACUAAUUUUCACAUAAUUCCAUUAAUUCAAUAUUAAGUGUUGUUGACCAUAAAAAAAAGUGACCAUAAACUGAGAGAUGUUUUCAUGA